CUUCAAAACACCGCCUAUUCAAUGACCGAUACUUCUUUCGCCUAAUGUCAUGUAUUCCGCUGUCAAAAUUUCGCCUCGCACGCUCGACUCGUGGUGUUUGUUAUAAUAAACGUUGUUGUAUGUUAAUGUUAAUUAGAUCUUGUAGAAAUGGUGAAUGUAGAUACUAUACGAAAGAAUUAUCCACUACACUGGCUCGUUUGGCAUAACAGCUAUGUAGAACUCGACAAGGAAUUAGCCACAAAUCAGCACGAUAGAGAAAAACAUGACAAUCGAGGAAGGACACCACUGAUGCUAGCAGUAACUUUAGGUCAUAUAGAUUCUGCUGUAGUUCUAUUACAGCAUGAAGCCAAUGUUAAUACAGAGAACACUCAAGGAUGGAGUGUGGUCCAAGAAGCAGUGGGUACAGGAAAUCCCGAAUUGCUACAAUUGGUGCUCGCUAGGAGAGAUUACCAAAGGUAUUGUAAUCGAGUUGCUGGUAUACCAGAGUUACUUCACAAACUUAAACAGGCACCUGAUUUUUAUGUAGAAAUGAAGUGGGAGUUUACAAGUUGGGUUCCUCUUGCAUCUCGGAUGUGUCCAAGCGAUACCUAUAAAGUUUACAAACAAGGUAGUAAUGUGAGGAUAGAUACUACUUUGUUAGGCUUUGAUCAUGCAAAUUGGCAACGUGGCAAUCGUAGCUAUGUCUUCAAAGGACAAACUGCAUCAAAUCCACCUAUGGCAAUUAGAUGUGAACGCAGUUAUGUGUUCAGUAUGGGUGGUCAUCACACAGAUGAUGGGGCAACAAUGAUGGAAGUAGACCAUGAAACAAGAAAAGUUUAUGUCGAACAUAUGAAACUUAUAGGAGAUGAUAAUAUACAACUGAUGGAACCGUCUGAAGAAGGCGUCAUAGCUCGGCUUACUAAUCCUAUAGUUACGACAUACAUAGAUACGGAUAAAAUUAGUUUUGAACGCAAUAAAGCAGGUCUUUGGGGAUGGCGUUCUGAUAAGAGUGAAGUAAUUAAUGGCCACGAAUGUAAAGUCUUUAGCGCGAGCAAUGUGGAAUUAAUAACUAAAACUCGAUUGGAGCAUUUAUCUGAAGCAGAUAAAGCAAGAGCUCGGGCACCGAGGACACCUUUACAAUCAUUUCUUGGUAUUGCAGAGCAACAACAAGAGAGUUGCAGCACUAUCACUACCAGUGAAGAAUUUAAUAAUGUAGGUAAUCCCUCUAAUAUCACUGUUGAGGAAUACUUUGAUCCAGAUGUUGAUUUAAAUGGGAGAGAUAUAGGUCGACCAAAAGAAGUUAAUACAAAAAUUCAAAAAUUUAAGGCAACUUUAUGGUUGAGUGAAGAUUAUCCAUUGAGUCUUCAAGAACAAAUUAUGCCAAUUGUAGAUCUGAUGGCUAUAUCUAGUUCACAUUUUGCAAAAUUGAAAGAUUUUAUUCAAAUGCAACUUCCAGCUGGUUUUCCUGUUAAAAUUGAAAUUCCACUGUUUCACAUUCUUAAUGCAAGAAUAACAUUUGGAAAUAUAUUUGGUUUGGAUCAAGAAGUACCAAAUGUGGGUCAUAUACAAGAAACUAAUCGUAUAACUUGUUUAGUCGACGAUGUUUGUUUUGAGGCACCUAGUGGAUAUGCGAAAUUGGGUGCAGAAGUCAGGACACAAUUUAGUAUUGAAGAAGAAGACGAUUUGUUGCAGUUUGCUAUUCAGCAAAGUCUUCUAGAAGCUGGCAGUGAACGUGAUGAGGUUGAUAUAUGGGAAGCAUUAAGAGCGCAAAAACCAUCUAGACCAACUACACCUAAUAUGAUCACAGAAGAAGAAAGGCAACUUCAAAGGGCCAUUCAGGCUAGUUUGGUGUUAUAUCAAGAAACAGCUGGAUCUGCCGAAGGUACUACGAAUUCAGCGAGUAUAAAUGAAAAUGAAGAUAGUGACUGUCUUGAAGGCACAGCAGAACAGUUGAGACUAGCAUUGAAACUUUCCGAGCAACAACAAAUAGAAGAAGAACAACGACGGUUGUUAGAAGAAGAAACGUUUCGCCAAGUGCUAGAACUAUCUUUGACAGAUAAAUAAACUCAAACUUCCAAAGUGCAUGUGCAAUAGUGAUGAAAACAAAUUUAAUACAGUAUACUUCCAGAAAUGUGAAAAAUCUUCCAGUCUCAUCUGGAGACUGUAUGAAAAAUCAUUUCCUAUACAUUUCAUAGAUUGCAAAGUGCAUUAAGAAAUAAUAAUGUUGCUUACGACGAACAUUUGUUAUUGGAGUAUAAUAGUUGAUGCAGGUCAAAAGAUGAAAAUAAUAUAGUAAUAGUUAAGCAAGUGAAUAAUUUAAAUUAUGUUAUUUAUUUCUUAGCUACAUUUUUAUAUAAAACGAAAUGAACUCUUCGAUAAAAUCUAGAUAAUUCAGUAAGUAUAUAGGGAAGUCUUGAAAAUUACAAUUGCUCUUUAAAAAAAAAUACAGUCACAAUUUACAAACAAUCAAACAAUGUUUGUGUAAAUCCUAUUAACUGAAAGUAAAUAAUGUAAGUUACGACUGUUAAUAUCUACAAUAAAAAGCAUGUAAUUCUCAAGCCUUCAAGAAUUAUUCGUGUCCUUUCUCCUCAGUUUUAAAUCUCUAUGGAUUUGCAAGUGCACAAUAAUAAUUGCAAUUAGGAUAAUACAGAAAAAACAUCUCUAAUCAAAUCAAACAUUUUUACAAAGAUCCCUUUUCAUAUCUACAAUAACAAUUAUAUGUAAUAUUUCAAUACAAUGGUAUAUAUAAUGAACUAUUAGGAAUUACA